UCAUCAGUCAUCUGACCGGAAGUGACUUCUUGCAUUUCAGCCGUGAUUUCCUUUUUUGUUAUGGAUGCGAUGAUUUGAUUUUUAUGAGUUUACAUCCUUAACAACAACUACAUAAUUUAGCUAAUAAACGCUGUGCAGUCGUUUUAAGUAAUACAUUGGUUCAUAGUCUUUUUAAGCAUGGCGGCAAUCAUCGAAAGUUCCUUACGGAAAACGCUGUCAAAGAUUUAUAAAUACAGGGAUCUGACCUCACGCGACAUAACAAACGUCGCGUCUCACUAUAAAGAUCUUAAACCUGUGAUGGACAACUACGUGUUCAAUGAUGGCUCCACCAAAGAGCUGUUGAGUCUCACAGGAACAGUGCCAGUAAGCUACCGAGGAAAUGUGUACAACAUUCCCAUCUGCCUGUGGCUUCUGGACACGUACCCCUACAACCCUCCCAUCUGUUUUGUCAAACCCACAAGUGCCAUGAUGAUAAAAACAGGGAAACAUGUUGAUGCCAAUGGAAAGAUUUACCUCCCAUAUCUGCAUGAAUGGAAACCUCCCCAGUCUGAAUUGUUAGGUCUGAUCCGGGUGAUGAUUGUGGUGUUUGGAGAGGAACCACCAGUUUUCUCACGGCCCACCACUCAGGCAGCUUACCCAGCAUUCCCAGCAGCAGGCCCACCUAACACUUCUUACAUGCCAAGCACACCAGGGUUGCCUUAUGGUCAAGGUCACCCUGCCAAUCCAGCUGGAUUUCAGGGCUACCCUUAUCCUGCAGUAGGCUCUGGAUACCCCACUACCUCAGGCUCCUCUCUCUAUACCCCAGUGUCUUCUGUCACUACAGUGGGACCCACCCGUGACGGUACCAUCGGGGAGGACACAAUCCGUGCAUCUUUGGUGUCUGCAGUCAGUGACAAGUUGCGCAGGCGGAUGAAAGAAGAGAUGGAUCGAGCACAGGCAGAGCUGGAUGCACUGAAAAGGACAGAGGAGGACCUAAAGAGAGGCCACCAGAACCUGGAGGAGAUGGUGACCAAUCUAGACCUGGAGAUGGCUGAUGUUGACAAAAACAUUGAUCUCCUUAAGCAGAAAGAUGAGGAGCUGACUGUUGCUCUGGGAAAAAUUGAGAACCAGACUGAGAACAAUGAUAUUGAUGAUGUGAUUGUGCCCACUGCUCCCCUUUAUAAGCAGAUCCUGAACCUCUACGCUGAAGAAAACGCCAUAGAAGACACGAUCUUCUACUUGGGUGAAGCAUUACGCAAAGAUGUCAUUGACUUGGAUGUCUUUCUUAAGCAUGUGCGCCUUCUCUCCAGAAAACAGUUCCAGUUGAGAGCCCUGAUGCAGAAGGCCCGGAAAAUAGCAGGCCUCAGUGACCUUUACUGACCUGCCCAAAUAAAUCAUUCCCCCUCUCAGUUAUAACACAUGCACUGUAUGGUAAGGACCCUACAUUUUAUCCAAGGACAGGAGGUUUGGGACCCUCCUUUUCUUAAAUCACAGUCUUUCUAAGUACAGAAAGAUGUGAAAGGUGACUAAUAUACCCAGGGCCAAUAUAUUAUGAAAAAAUGAAGUGACCUUUGAGGUUCUUACCUUUGCAGAGAGGAAAACAAUAGAAGGAAAUCAAACAUUUGCAAGAAAUUUUUGCUCAGCUAUGGAGUUUAGCAUAGACUUAUAAAAACGGCAACCAUUGCACUUUAUGUAACUUGUGCCUCAUAUUCUUCUAAAGUAUCAGAUAUUCAGAUACAGGGUAAAGGGAAAGAAGUUUGAGAAUUACAUUCAAUAUGCUCAAACUAAAUGUCUUAUUUUUAUGUAGUUUAAUCUCCAAAUAUGUACCUGUUCUGAAUAAUUCUCUUAAAAUCAGCACUGUUUUAUUUUUAGAUAAGUUAGUAAAUCAAUCUUCUUAACAUCUCAGAAUCUAAUUAUAUCAUUAUGAAUGCUUCAUCAUUAUCAUUGUCCACUACAUAACACACCUUUGCAGUCCUGCUUGUGAUUUAUACAUGUGUUGUCAAUUAUAACAUUCUUAUUUACAGUUGUUAUGCAGUCAGUUUACAAGAAUGUGCUUGGUAUUCAUGCAGAUUUAAUGACAAGAAUAUUAUGCAGACAUUUUGAGAUUGAACUUGUAUAUCUAUUUGAGAUGUGAUGCAUAAAACCACAAAGUAUGAAGGGAACAUUUUCUGUGAAAAAAUACUUGGAGUAUUGUUUGAUUGCUGGUUUAAUCAUGGAUGAAGCGUUUUGCUUGCAAUCAAGGGAAACAAGGAAUAACAAAUUGAUUGUGCAGUAUCUCUUGGAGGUAUAAGUACAUUUAAAAAAUGAAUAUCUGAAAUA